UCCCUCACUCACUUUCUAACACUCUUCAGUGUACUUCCUCCAGUGCCAAAAAAGGAUACCGCUAAAGCCAGGGAAAAGGAGGGUGGGGGGUAAAAAAGAGAGGGGAGAAACCAGAAGAGGAAACCCCCUUGUUAGACUCCAUCAGUGCAUGUGCAUGAGUGUGUAUGUUGAAGCUGCAGAGGUUGCCCAGCAGAGCCACAGGGAUUUCUUUCCACCGCCAUGGGUGGCAACCUGCGGUGGCAAUGCAAGACAUACUGUGUCCUCAGCGAGGUGGAAAAUCCAACUGCGAGGACUAUCAUCUGUGACUGAGUGCGCACUGUCCACAACAAUGUGUACAUACUCAUGGAGAUGGUGAAUGCCUGGUUCGCUGAGCGCGUCCACUCCAUCCAGCCAUCUACCUCCAAAGAAAAUCCUGCACAGCAGCGAACCCACCAGUCCUCCACAGACCCCGCUCCCCCCUCCGCCUCCACCAUCCUCCCACCCACGCUCAGCCUUUUGGACAGCCGCUGCCCCUCCCCGGCCACAGUCCCCAGCCCAGCACCCGGCACCCCGACUCGCAAGAUCUCAGCAUCAGAGUUCGACCGGCCACUCAGACCUAUUGUAGUUAAAGACUCUGAGGGCUCUCUGACGUUUCUGAGCGACGCUGACCGCGAGACCGUCCCUCUACGGGGCUCGGUGAUGGGUGAGGGUGGUGUCAGUGGGGGAGGUAAUGGAGGUGGAUGCAGCGGGGAAGGUAGUGGCAGUGGGGGCGACCGCUGCGCCAGGCUGCUGGAGCUGGUGAAGGACGUGUCGAGUCAUCUGGAUGUGACAGCACUCUGCCACAAGAUCUUCCUCCACAUCAAUGAGCUGAUCGCCGCAGACCGCUACUCACUGUUCCUGGUGGGUGAGGACAGCUCCAACAGGAAGUUCUUGGUGAGCCGCCUGUUCGAUGUAGCCGAGGGAUCCACGCUGGAGGAGUCCUCCAGUAACUGCAUCCGGCUGGAGUGGAACAAAGGCAUUGUGGGACAUGUAGCUGCCACGGGGCAGCCGCUCAAUAUCAAGAACGCUUAUGAGGACCCCAGGUUCAAUGCUGAGGUGGACUUGAUCACAGGUUACAAAACCCAGAGCAUCCUUUGCCUGCCCAUCAAGAACCACAGAGACGAGGUAGUUGGAGUGGCUCAAGCUAUCAAUAAGAAAUGUGGGGAGGAUGGUGCCUUCACUGACCAGGACGAAAAGGACUUCUCAGCCUAUUUGGCCUUCUCAGGCAUUGUCCUGCACAACGCUCAGCUCUACGAGACAUCGCAGCUGGAAAACAGACGCAAUCAGGUGCUGUUGGACCUGGCCAGUCUCAUCUUUGAGGAGCAGCAGUGUCUGGAGGUUUUACUGAGGAAGAUCGCAGGAACCAUCCUGUCUUUUAUGCAGGCCCAGGCUUGUACCGUCUUCAUCGCUGACGAAGACUCCAUGAACUCCUUCUCCAGUGUCUUUCACAUGGAAUAUGAGGAGCUGGGUGAAGUCCUAGACGCCCCCAAAAGGGACUGUGAUGUCAGUCAGAUUAACUACAUGUACGCCCAGUAUGUUAAAAACACCAUGCUGCCUCUCAACAUCGCAGACGUCACCAAGGACCAACGCUUCCCCUGGACAAGUGAAAACCCAGAUCACACCAGCAACCAGAUAAAGAGCUUGCUCUGCACUCCCAUCAGGAAUGGCAAGAAGGACAAAGUCAUAGGUGUGUGUCAGUUGGUGAACAAAAUGGACGAAGCAUCAGGCAGCGUGAAGGCCUUCAACAGGAACGAUGAGCAGUUCCUGGAAGCUUUUGCAAUCUUCUGUGGCCUCGGCAUCCAGAACACACAGAUGUACGAAACAGUGGAGAGAGCCAUGGCCAAGCAAGAGGUCACACUGGAGGUCUUGUCCUAUCACGCCUCCGCCGCAGAGGAAGAAUCGCGGGAACUCCAGGUAACCGCGGUGGCCACAGUGCCGUCAGCCCAAUCAUUGCGUCUCCUGGACUUCAGCUUCAGUGACUUUGACUUGUCAGACACCGAAACCACGCUGGGUACUAUCCGCAUGUUUGUCGACCUCAACCUGGUCCAGAACUUCCAGAUGAAGUACACGAGUUUAUGCCAGUGGAUUCUGAGUGUGAAAAAGAACUACAGGAAGAAUGUGGCUUAUCACAACUGGAGGCACGCCUUCAACACCGCUCAGAGCAUGUUCGCCCUCCUCAAGUCGGGACGCUUACAGAAUAACCUGAGCGAUCUGGAGGUCUUGGCUCUGAUGAUUGCAACUCUCAGCCACGACCUGGACCACAGAGGAGUCAACAACUCCUACAUACAGAGGAGCGACCACCCACUGGCCCAGCUGUACUGCCACUCCACCAUGGAGCAUCACCACUUCGACCACUGCCUCAUGAUCCUCAACAGCCCCGGAAACCAGAUCCUGAGCAGUCUCUCCCUGGACGAGUACAAGGCCACUCUGAAGAUGAUCGAGAGGGCUAUUCUGGCCACUGACCUGGCCCUGUACAUGAAGAGGCGCGGGGAGUUCUUUGAGCUCACCAAGAACAGCCAGUUUGUUUGGGAGGACGAACAUCACAGAGACUUACUGAGGUCAAUGCUGAUGACUGCAUGUGACAUCUCGGCCAUCACCAAGCCCUGGCCAGUGCAAAAAAGGAUUGCAGAGCUGGUAGCCACUGAGUUCUUUGAACAGGGGGAUAAGGAGAGACGCGAGCUGAACAUUGAGCCCAGUGACCUGAUGAAUCGUGAGAAAAGAGAUAAGAUUCCCAGCAUGCAGGUGUCCUUCAUUGAUGCCAUCUGCACUCAGUUAUAUGAGACCUUGGCUGGCAUGUCGGAGUAUUGCUCCCCGUUGCUGGAAGGGUGUCAGAAAAACCGACAGCAUUGGAAGCGUUUGGCCGAGGAGUGCGAGAAGGGGCUGGUCAACGGCUUGGUGUGAUCCCAACACCAGUUCGGCUUUCAGUCAACACCAAUUUUCAGGGUUCGCCCUGUGCAACCUGGUCUCAUAAAACUUCAUGAAAUUAGCAUGAUACCUACAAGGACAAAUGAAUUAAUUUCCAUAUCAGGAAAAAAUGAUGUGUUGGGAAAACAAAAAGACCGAACAAAAAAAAGAUUGGUUUGUCAGUGAAAGGGAAGACCCCCUGCCCUUCAACUUUAGAAACCUUAGAGCAGAUUUUCUGACACUUAAAGAAUAAAUCCAGUUUCUUUUAAUCUGCCUUAUUUUUUCAGGCUUGUCCAUCCUUCCUCUCUGUAAUAAUAAGGUUCUAAUCACCAAGUUGAAUUGCUCAGAUCUGGGAAUGUGGCAGCAUCACUAAAGAAGACUAAGAACCAUGCCAAGAAGUCAGUCACAGCAGUGGUUUGAGGUAAAUGCUAAAAUAAAUUUGCUAACAGGUCUACAAAGGCAAUGCUAACAUGCUGAUAUUUAGGGUACUGUGGUGAGGUAUUAUACUAUUAUCACCAUUUUAGUGUUAGCAUUUGCUAAUGAGUCCUAAACACAAAGUACAGCUGAUAAUGAUGGAAAUGUCAUUAGCUUUACAAGCAUUUAGGCAAUAUUAAUUAAUUAAUUAGAAUGAAUUGUCUGGGAACCAUGAAUCAGUCUGUAAAGUAGAUGUGGUGGACCAACUGACAUACCAACAUUGCCAUCCAUUGAGCCAGGCCUUAGCAUUGCCUACAGGGUGUGAAAGUGGUGCAGUCAGCUAACCUGUGAGCAGACGCUCCGUGUUGUUAGCCAAGCUUAAAGCUAGCAAAACCUGAACCCAUAUAGUAAGUAUAUAUAUAUAUAUAUAUAUAUAUAUAUAUAAAAAUAAGGUGAACAACAAAAUUGCUAGUCAAAAUUUCUUGUGAACGUCCAUCACGGUUUACUAGACCUACUGUACGUGCUUUAAUUCUGCAAACUGUUUACAACUACUACUACUUUCUAAUUAUGUAACAGCUCAUUUCUCGCCCUGCUGGACUUACAUUGUUGUAGCAAUGUCACCAUGCUCCCAGAUCUCAGCAAUUACUUUAGUAAAUAAAUACCAUAACAGAUAGAAAUGAUGGCCAAAACUGCAAAAAUCUGACCCAAAUUGUCAUAUCCCUUAACAUAUAUCCAUAAACAAAUUGUUACAUCAUCUGAAUUUAACAAACUACUGAGACUGCAACUUUACGUUUAUAACACAUAAUCCUUGUUUCAGAGGUCGUGCUCAUUUCGCCAAGCUUUGUGAGACCCGUCUUCCUGUUGUCACCAUUCUUUCAUGGCUUUCACUCACCAGAGAAAAUAACAGAGUCAGCACUAAGCUAUAUUUAUUACCAUAGCCAUUUUUAUUUUUGCACAGAGUGGCUUUCAUCUUGAAGUCUCACUUACACUAUCUCUCACAGGUAGUGAAACAUAAGGGAACACUGAAUGGUAAGACAUAGAUCCCUGGGGAUCAGCACCAUUCCAGUGGGAUACAGAUAUUGUACUAUAUCUUUACAUAGUGUCACAAUAAUCUGAUAAGCUUGUUAAAUAUGUCUUCGUUCACAGCACACACACUAAAAGGGUUUUGAGUCUUUUGUAACAUUUUUUUCACUCAUUGUCUUAACUAUUGCAUAUUUAUUUUUGUUUUAUAUAUUUAUUAGAGUUUCUAUAUUGUAUGUCAUCCUUUUAUCAAGAGCACACAAUUCUUUAUAUAGGAAAUGUAGUUUUCAUACUUUAAAAAAAAAAAUCCCAUCUCUGCUUUUUUGAAGGACCUUUCGUAGUAACAACUCUUUCAGAUGACAUUUGGAAAUGAAAUGUUUUGUGUUUUUUUUUUUUUUUUUUCAAAAUGUAAAAGAGCCAAAGACUAGGCCUGCAAUUUCAAAGGGAAAUGGGUCUAGAUUUUUCCACUGCCUUGUUGUGAUAAAAUAGGACCAAUUCACAAUUAAAAGACAAAAAAACGUUUUGUCCACAUGCUUUUCCGCUACAA